CUGUCUAGCGGGCCACACAACAAUGUAGGCCUACAAGGCCGUUACUAUAGUUAAUGGCCACGUGUCCAUCCUUUUGUUUGCACUCACGAGUCACAACGUUUAUAAAAGCAGGACAGUCAACCAUCUAGCCUGCCCCAAAUCAGACUCGUUGAAUUCAGUUUCUUCUACGGCCGCCUCGAGCAGCGCGUGCCGACUUGAUACCCUGGGAAAGAGUCCAUGGCGUCCUCUGCCCCCGGCAGAGGAGGAAGACAGCUGAUCCUACUACCGGCCGCGGCGGCGGCUGUGGCGGUAAUGGUACUAAUUGGGGCGGAACCGGCGUUGGCGUGUUACCCGCGCGUGUUCAGCUUCGGGGACUCGCUGGCCGAUACCGGCAACUUCAGAUUCUACUACGGCAACAGCUCCGGCGAGCCCGCACUCCGGCAACCCUACGGCGAGACCUUCUUUCGCCGCGCCACGGGGCGAUUCUCCAACGGCCGCCUCAUCCUCGACUUCAUCGCGGACACGAUGGGGCUCCCGUUCGUGCGGCCGUAUCUGAGCGGUCGCCGCGCGGAGGACUUCGCGUCCGGCGCUAACUUCGCAGUUGGCGGCGCCACGGCGCUCGGCCCGGACUUCUUCCGCUCCAGGGGUUUCGACAUCGGCGACGGACGUGUGCACCUAGGCAUGGAGAUGAAGUGGUUUCACGAUCUGCUUGAGCUCCUCUGCCGCAGCGGCCGCUCCGGUUGCUCAGACAUCAUGAGCCAAUCCCUCUUCAUAGUCGGAGAAAUUGGGGGCAAUGACUACAACCUACCUAUGCUCUCCAGAGUGCCGAUUGAAAAGAUCCGCUCAUUCACACCAAACGUCAUUGCCAAAAUUUCUUCAACAAUCACCGAGUUGAUUGGGCUAGGAGCCAAGACUCUGGUAGUUCCUGGGAACCUCCCAAUCGGGUGCGUCCCGAAAUAUCUUCUGAUAUUCAAGAGUGAUGACAAAGAAGAUUAUGAGCCAGAGACAGGUUGCCUCAGAUGGAUGAACGAAUUUUCAGAGUACCACAACAAGCUUCUCUUGGAGGAGCUGGAGAAGCUGCGUAAGACUAAUCCUACCGUGACUAUUAUCUAUGCUGACUAUUAUGGAGCUGCAAUGGAAAUUUUCCGUUCCCCUGAACGAUUUGGUAUCGAGGAACCUUUGGUGGCUUGCUGCGGUGGAGAAGGACCCUAUGGUGUGUCCCUUUCUACAGCCUGUGGAUACGGAGAUUACAAGGUGUGUGACAAUCCAGACAAGUAUGGCUCGUGGGAUGGUUUCCAUCCAUCGGAAGCUGCAUACAAAGCCAUUGCAAUGGGCCUUUUGCGCGGGACAUACACACAACCAUCUAUUGCUUCCACCACCAGUUCCUGUCCACAGCUCACUGAGCUCGGCUCUUCUGUUGAAUACAAGAGCUGCGGUACUGUACUGCACUUCUCGGCUGUGGCCCAAGCGAUUGGUUGGGUUUUGUUUUACCUUCUCUUUUUCAGUCACAGGUUUUACUCGUUUUGAUGCUUCUCUGUAGUUUCAAUGCUCUAUUUAUUCCUUUAGUUGUAUAUGCUGGUGCAGUUUCUGAUUCCUGAGUAUCCUCUCUAUUGUAUAGUGCUAGAAUUAGGAAUUGAAAGGUGGUGCUUUUACCAUCCAUAGAACAAGAGGAACCACAGAAUUAUACUUGGGGGUCCCGAAACUCAUCGGUACCUCUCAAUGACUUCAAAAUGGCUGAUUAAGAGGAGUGGAUGCCAAUUCUUUGAUCAUAUUGGCUGGUACAGCGUAGAUGCUAUCUACUUCAUUUCCAUUUCUUGUAAAUGUAACCAUCAGUUCUUCCGAUGCACGUGAUACUUAGCUGAGCUUCUGCACUAUCAGGAAGUAAGCAGCUUUUUAGUAUUUCAGAGUCUUCUUGCUGUCACUGUCUUUCCCUUGGCAACUCCCUUAUUUUGUGCUCAAUCGCACAAUGAGCAAUUUCUAU